AACUUUUUUUUUUUCUUCUUCUUCUUCUUCGUCUUGUUGGCGACGAAGCUUUGCGGUAUUUUUAGUCGAAGCGCAAAGCCGCCGCGGCAGCGUUUCUGCGCUCGCCCGCCGAAUUCUUUUCCGUGAAAGGAGCCUCCGAGGGGCAGAUUUAAUUUCCCGUCAUUCGCUCGGGCGACAUUUGACCCCCAGCUGCUAUAAAGGCCAAAGUUCGCCGCAAAUAGAGCCGUCGGCCCGGGGCGGCGCGGAAACUUCUUGCCAGUCUUCUAAUUCUUUCUUCUUCUUCUUCUUCUUCUUCUUCAGCUCGCAGCCUUAAAGCGACGCCAUCAUGUCCCACGACAAAAAGAUGAGUUCCAGCCGCCGGCACCACUUGAAGAGUUUGAUCCUGUCGAUCGGCGCCAAGUGGAUCCAGCAGGAGAAGAGAGAAGUGGAGGAGGCCAAGCAGAACUACUUGGCCGAGACCUGCACCAGGCCCAGCCUCGGCGGGGACCAGGCCGCGCUCAUGGACACGUGCAGGAAGUUGAACGCCCUCAUCGAGAAAGUGGACGAGGAGAGGUACGACCUGUCCGUCAAAGUGGGCAAAGCUGACAAGGAGAUCGAGGACCUGAAGAUCAAAGUCAUCGACCUGGCGGGCGUCAAGAAGCCGGCGCUGAAGAAGGUUCGCAUGUCGGCCGACGCCAUGCUCAAAGCGCUGCUGGGCUCCAAGCACACCGUCAACAUGGAGCUGCGGGCCAACCUCAGGCAGGUCAAGAAGGAGGUCAAGGAGGAGCCGGCGGAGGCGGUGGGCGACUGGCGAAAGAACAUCGAGGACAAAGCGGACAGGAAGAAGAUGUUCGAGUCGGCCUAAAAAAAAAAAAAAAAAAAAGGAUUUGGCCCACCAACAAAUAUGUUUUGCUUGUUUCAUUAAAAAAAAAAAAAAAUUUUUGUCCAAGUAAAACUUUC